AUGCAGACUCUCUGUUUGUUUUUCACUUUGAUCCUUCUUGCUCACGGAGUUCAUCCGAUUCCAAGUAAAUUUACAACAGAUCAUGUUCCCAACUCCAUCGUUCAAAAUGAUACUGAUGCUGCAAGAAGUGACGGGUGCAGUGAUGGAUUAGAUCACUCGGUUGAAGUGAUCUCAUGGGAGCCUAGAGUUGUCAUCUAUCAUAACUUUCUGUCGAAAAAGGAAUGUGAAUAUCUAAUUAACGUCGCUAAACCACAUAUGAGAAGGUCAACUAUUACUGAUUUGGUAACUCGCGAAACAUACGAAGACACAUGGUUCAGUCCAUGCUCUUUAACUAUGCUGGACCGAGGACAAGAUGAAACAAUCCGGGCUAUUGAGAAAAAGAUUGCAGACUUCACCUUCUUACCUGUAGAAAAUGGUGAAGGACUUCAAGUUAUCCAUUAUGAAGUAGGAGAUAAAUAUCCACUUCAUAAUGACUUGUAUCUUGAUGAUUAUCAAACCGGGAAGAGAGGUAAACGGAUGGCAACAGUUCUAAUGUACCUAUCGGAUACUGAAGAUGGGGGUGAGACAGCCUUCCCUUCUGCAAUGGGAAAGUAUGAUGAUGUACAUCGUUGGGCGUUUGAAUAUUCUGAAUGUAACAAAAGCGUCUUAUAUGCUAAACCAAAAAUGGGAGACGCAUUGCUUCUAUGGAACGUUAAACCAGAUGGCACUUCCGAGUAUUCAAGUGAAUAUGCUGAGUGCCCUGUUAUCAAGGGAAAUAAGUGGACUGCUACAAAAUGGAUUCGUUCGAAGGAGUAUUAUGAGAAAUGAACUUGGUUCGAAAGGAUUCUACUGCGCUGUUAUCCAGUUAAAGCUAUGGUUACUGCCCCGGAAAAGGUCAUCAAAGUUCUACAAUUAGAAAAAAUAAUUCUAUAAGAUGAUUUUACAUAUCUGUAAUGUUUUUAUUUGUUAAGGAUACAUUAUGCUCCCAACAAAGAGAAUAUCAAAUGAAACAUCUAAA